AUGGAGUUCCCCGUCAACAGAUAUGUCGCUAUCCGACAAUCAACCCACUGCGCCAAUUCGCUAGGCAUCUUUGCCACCAUGCCCAUUACGAAGGGCUUCCGCAUCCUCGAAGAUCCGCCCCUGAUUAUGCAUAAUACCCGGGAGGACGCGAUGGAGGAAACCCCCGACGAAGCCUUCAAAGCCCUGUCGACUGGUGACCAGCAGCUGCUGGUUCGAAUGUACGCUGGACCCCACGACAUUGCCCCCCUGCUCCCCGCGGGGGAUAUCCGCGACCAGGCGCUACAGUCCACCGAGCGACUCAAGGGUAUCAUCCGCUUCGACGCGGUGAAAGGACGUGGUACCGGCUGCGUGGUUUGCAUGCCAGGAGCGUUCAUCAACCACUCUUGUGACGCGAACUGCUGCCUCCAUGAUCAGCCGUUUGGGCCUAUCUGGAACGGGGCGAAGGAUGCUGCCGUGACUUCAUAG